AUUUGUGAUCCGAAGAGAAAUGGGAAUUUCGCUUCAUUUACAUCUCAACUUUUGAGAGUUUUAGAAAAUGGGUUCCAAUGAAACUUUACCAGAUAACUUUGGAAAAGGUGGUUGGAAGAUAUGUUUCAAGAUAGAACCACCUGCUACUUUGGGAAACGGAAUGCUUAAGAUAAGUUUUCACUCAGACUAUAACCGCAAACCACAUCCGGAUGAUAUUGUGGAAGAAACUAUAAAAGAUAUGUGGAAAAGAAGAAAAGAAGUAAACCCGAAAAUGUGGAAUGCUCUCAAGUUUCGUGUAGACAGUUAUUCCACUUUUCACGCACAAGGUGCUAGUGUAGUCAAGUUAAACUUGGGUUUAACUGAUUAUGCUUCUUACCAGGGCUCAGGUAGUUUGGCGAGUCCUCUUACUUUUUUCCAAUCUCCUGAAGAAGGAGCACCAGAACGACACCUUCCUUUGUCACUUGGAAACGCAGGAAUAGUUUUAACUAGUGACAACUUUAUAAUAUUGUUAGAACGAAGUGAACAAGUAGGUGAAGGAGUUGGGAGAUGGGUUCUACCGGGAGGACAUCCAGAACCAAGUCAUGUAAAUAUACCGGAUAGUUAUCUUACUCAGUCUUAUGAAGGAACUAGAGACAUGUGCCUAACCAUUGAAAGAGAACUAUAUAACAGUAUUUUAAUGGAAAUAACUGAAGAAGUAGGACUCAGGUCGAGUGAGUUGUUCACGUUGCAAUUGUUAGGAAUGGUUCAACGAGAAAGAGACAAAAGACCCGUACUUGUAGGUCAUACCAGAACAACAUUAUCCAAGUCAGAGAUGGAAGCCCGUUUUUGUUGUCAACGUAUUCAUACGGAAGCAUGUCGAAUAUUAUUCUGUGACAUUCGGCAAGUAGAAACAUUCUUUCAGGAGAAUGAACAGAUAAUGCCGGAACAUCGUGGAGCAUUGCAACUGUAUUUCGAGUCUUCUGUUUGUCAACAAGAUUGGAAACUUUGUAAAGAAUAAAAAAUGGAAAAUUUUCCCUCGUAGGAAUU